UGUGGAAUGCGGGUCAAGCGGAACUCACGGCUCAAAAAAAAAAAAAAAAAAAAAAAAAAACCUGCGCUUCACAUCAAACUCAACCACCGGCUCUCAUCGGCCUGUCGUGCUCCGUGCGUACUCUUGCAAUUCACCCCCCAACUGCGCGGAUUUGAAGCGUGUUCGUAUCUUCCAGGAGCUUCUUCUUGUCGCGGCAUUUGACGUGGGAUGAUUCAUAACUCUGCGCGGUGUUGAUUCCGGCCUGUGCUGCAUGUGGUAACUUGUUGUUGUCAUCGCUGGAGCAGUGGCUGUGGCGUGUACACAUCCCUGCAGAGUUGGUUGUGUCUUCCCAGCGGAGCCCCGCAGACAGACAACAAUGAAGAGGAGCAGGCACCUCAGCAGCAGCGAUGACUCGGACAAUGGAAGGAGGAGACUGAGACAGUCAAAGAAAGGCAGCAGAUGGACAGUGAUACAGGAAAAGCAGACGAAGAGCGACAGGAGACAGAAUAGGGACAGGAGGCUCUUCUACAGUGACGUUCUGGCAGGUAGUUCCACCUGCUGGUCCCAACACUCGUCUCAGACCAGGAGGGGGACGGGACAGAAACCAUCCGAGGUGUUCAGGACGGACCUGAUCACAGCCAUGAAGGUGCACGACUCGUAUCAGCUGAACCCGGAGGACUACUACGUCCUCGCUGACCCGUGGAGGCAGGAGUGGGAGAAGGGCGUCCAGGUCCCCGUCAGCCCCCAGUCCAUCCCGCAGCCCGUCACCAGGGUGUUGGCGGAGAAAGGAAAAGAAGUCAUGUUCGUCAAACCAAAGAAACUGAUCCGGACGUCGGGCACCGAGGCGCUGGGAUACGUGGACAUCCGGACGCUGGCAGACGGGAUGUGCCGCUACGACCUGAAUCAGGAGGACGUGGCCUGGCUGCAGAUCAUAAACGAGGAGUUUGCAGUGAUGGCUAUGCCGCCGCUGGACGAGCUCACCAUGGAGCGGGUGAUGGAGGAGUUCGAGCGCUGCUGCCACGACAACAUGACCCACGCCAUGGAGACGGAGGAGGGGCUGGGCAUCGAGUACGACGAGGACGUGGUGUGCGACGUCUGCCAGUCGCCGGACGGGGAGGACAACAACGAGAUGGUCUUCUGCGACAAAUGCAACAUCUGCGUUCACCAGGCCUGUUACGGCAUCCAGAAAGUCCCCAAGGGCAGCUGGCUGUGUCGGAUCUGCGCCCUCGGCAUCCUGCCAAAGUGCCAGCUGUGUCCCAAGAAGGGAGGAGCCAUGAAGCCGACGCGGAGCGGAACCAAGUGGGUCCACGUCAGCUGUGCCUUGUGGAUUCCAGAGGUGAGCAUCGGGAAUCCGGAGAAGAUGGAGCCGAUCACCAACGUGUCGCACAUCCCCAGCAACAGAUGGGCCCUGAUCUGCUGCCUGUGCAAAGAGAAGACGGGAGCCUGCAUACAGUGCUCGGCGAAGAACUGCCGGACCGCCUUCCACGUGACGUGCGGCCUCCACGCCAGCCUGGAGAUGAACACCAUCCUCACCGAGGACGACGAGGUCAAGUUCAAGUCGUACUGCCCCAAACACUCGGGGCUGGAGGGCGACGAGUCCCGGGACUCGGGGGCCGAGGAGGAGAAGGAGAAGGAGAAGGAGAAGGAGGCCGUCAGAGACAAGAAGGGCCGGAGGAGAGGCCGGGUGAGAGCGGCGGGGGAGGACGCCGCCUCGUCGUCGUCCUCCUUCGCCGUCCGCCCGUUCAUGGACCGGGCGCCCGGCGACCAGGAGGCGCUGAGCAGCCGGCAGCAGGAGAAGAGGGUCAGCCUCCGCAAGCUGAAGCUGCAGGAGAUGGAGGAGGAGUUCUACCAGUUCGUGGGGGUGGAGGAGGUGGCCGGCCGCCUGAAGGUGCCGCGGGACGUGGUGGACUUCGUCUACCAGUACUGGAAGCUGAAGCGCAAGGCCAACUUCAACCAGCCGCUCCUCACGCCCAAGAAGGACGAGGAGGAGAGCCUGGCGCGCCGCGAGCAGGAGGUGCUGCUGCGACGCCUGCAGCUCUUCACACACCUCCGCCAGGACCUGGAGCGGGUCCGUAACCUGACCUACAUGGUGACUCGGAGGGAGAAGAUGAAGCGCUCGCUGUGGAAAGUCCAGGAGCAGAUCUUCCAGCACCAGGUCCGACUCCUCGACCACGAGCUGCUCAAAGGCGACCCAUCGGCGAAGGAUCUGGAGAAGCUCCUCUCUCUGGACUCGUUAUUCUCUCAGGGCUCCCACUCCAACUCCUCCUCCUCCUCUUCCUCCUCCUCCACCACCACCACCACCACCAAGCGAGGCUCCUCCAAGCAGGUGAGGAGGAAAAGCAGCGACAGGAGAGCUCCGACCGACUCGCCGCACGCCCACAAGAAGGACAAUCCGAGCAAAGCGCUGGAGACCAAGGACGCCCGGAGCUCCCGGGUCAAAGAGGCCGCGGCCACGGAGGCGGCGGGCGACGCCAAAAUCACCCACGGCUCCGACGGCCACCAGGAGGCGGCGACGCCCCCGAAGACCGUUCAGGAAACGUCCGACGCGAAGCCGCACAAACCCGAGAGCAGGAAAACCCCCCGGAGGGAGGCGCCGCCGCCGCCGCCGCCGGCGCCCGAGCAGGAGGCAGGACGCAAGCAGGAGAACGAGCACGAGCAGGAGGAGCAGCGGCGGCGGAGGAGGCGGAGCGAGGCCGCGGAGAGCUUCCCCUCCAGCGUCGUGAAGACCAGGCCGGAGCCCAAACACCUGGAGAAGACGGUGUCCAUCAGGCUGGUGGACAUCAGGAACUCUGAGACGGACGACUUCUUCCUGGAGCGGGGGAUGAUCCGCAGGAACGUGUCGUCUCUGGACGUGAGCAGCAACACUAAGUGCAACAAAGCCGGCGCGAUUCCGGACGCCAAACCCAACGGCUGGCUGAGGAGGACGCAGGCGGACGCCUCCCACGCCCCCAACGGGCCGGCGACGGCGGCGGCGGCGGCGGGGGGACACCUGAGGAGCUGGGGCAAGUUCAGGAUCCCCCGGAGGAGCGAGAAGCCCCCGGAGGAGGAGGAGGCGGCGUCGGAGCAACGCAAGCCUCAGCUCCGGCCGCUCACCAACACGCCGGAGCCGUCGUACCCGAGGACGCGGCUCCGCACGGGGAUGGAAAGCGACGAGUUCGCCGCCGACUCCAAGGCGGGCGACGGCGAGCUGGAGACGCUGAAGCGGUGCCACUCCCACCAGCUGAGAGGAGACUCGUCUCUCGGGCGCCGCUACGGCUCCGACAUCAUCCGGCGAGGAGUCCUCGCCUCCUGAUGACACUUUCAAAAAAAAAAUAAACAGGAAAAAGAAAAAUAAGCUGCACUGCGUCGAGUCGGGGAAAAAAAGAACGUUUUGUAUCUUUUUAUUUUUCUCUAAAUCAUAAAAAAAUGGCCUAGAUUAAAAAAAAAACAAACAAAACAGAGCUGAUAUUUAUUUUUUAUUUGUAACAUAUGUAAAAGUGGGAAAUAUUUUACUUAUUAUUUUUGAUUUUUGAGCUAGUUUUUUUUUUUUUUUUCUUCCUUGACGUAGAGGAAAUGUCAAGUUGCCACUUAAGAAAAAAACAAAACAAAAAUAAUAAAAAAAAAAAAAACUGCUUGCUUAGUUACUUACGAGCGUCAUCGUGGGGGCGGAGCCGUGAUCGUCGUCGUCGCUUGGGACCAGAAGCUUUUCAGUGUCAUUCAUUUCUUUUUUUGGAUAUAGUAUUAAAAACUCAGCCGAGAGUCGGUUUGCACUUAGUCGAAGAAGCUGAAGCAGAAACACCCCGUGUCCUUUUUUUUUUUUUUUUUUUAAAUUAACCGAGCUUCACCAGGAAGUCAAACCGCCCCCGACCCCCCCCUCCUCCAAGGAAUCACCACGUCUUCAAGCGGAGCUUUAACGGAUUAUGAAGCGGGGAAGCAGAAAAAGGAAUUUGUACUCAGAGAUAGAUGUAACUGGACUGCGAUCGUAUCCAUCACGUGCCUAACUUUUAUUUGCACUACGAGAGGACGGCACAGGUGGGAGGUUUGAGUAGAGUUAUUUUUACACUGAGAAAUUUAAAAACAAGUCAAAUAAUAAAAAAAAAAAAUUUAAAAAAAGCGUUUUGUACCCUCGGCCGCUGCUGUACUACUGUUAUGCAAAAUGUUUUUUUUUUUGUUUUUUGUCUUAAAGA